AUGCAUAUGCAACCUUUCCCCAAUGAAUAUGCGAGAAAUAAUCAUUUUAGGGAGGGGGAUGAAAAAUGGUUCGGUAUUAAAACCCGGUUCAAAUUAUUUCCAUCUCAACCGACGGUUCCCAAGACCAACUCCCCCUCCUUCUUCCUUCCCAGACACGCGGCGCCGUCUUUCUUCCCCCCGGGAAAUGAACCCAAGCGUUGGUAUGAUCCCUUCAUAGAUGACCAUGCACGCGGGGUUGACUCUUCCCAACAGCCGUCGGAGAUGCCGGCCCCCUUGCAAGUUCCAGUAAGCAAGAAGGGGAAGGCUGGGAGGGAGGAGAGCCCGGCAUAUAGAACCAACACCGGUGAAAUCGACCCAGGAAAUGGAAAAUUCUAA